AAACAAUGGAAGAAUUAUUUCCACCAUCUCAACCUGAUUAUCACUAUGGAAUGGAUUCUUCAGCCAGAACCACUUGAGCCAGGACCUCCUGCCCCUGUCAUAGAAGAUCUAUUGACGAGUCCAGAAUUUAUCCAUUCUGAUACACCAAUGGUAUGGUUAAGACGAGCUUUGAUUUUGUCUGAGGAUAUCAUAGCUAAUACAGCAUUGGCAACCAAGGGUCAAAGAAACAAUCCUAUGUGGUCAAUCAUCAGAAAGAACAGGAUAACAGCAUCCAAUUUUGGAGCAGUGCUUAGUACAAAUAGAAGACGAAUUACAAUUUCUCUUAAGAAACGUCUGAUGUCCUCAUACAAUUUGGAAUUAAUCAAAGCAGUUGCUUGGGGAAUAACACAUGAAGAAGACGCAUUGAAAAAAUAUGAACAUGACUUUGGUGCCUCUGUGCAACAAACUGGAAUUUGGCUGCACGAGUCUGGAGUUUUAGGCGCAUCUCCAGAUGGUCUUGUCCUGCACCCACCAAGAUGUGAUGUUAAUUUCCAGACACCAGAAGCUCAGAAUGCUUUACCUGAAGUAGUUGAAGUAAAGUGUCCUUACUCUGCAGCACAUUUAACAAUAUAUGAGGCAGUGCACAGUCUUAAAGACUUUUACCUUGAGUACAGAGAGGACUCUUACUACCUCAAGUCCAACCAUCCUUAUUAUCACCAGAUACAAGGCCAACUACAUUUAUGCAACAAGACCUGCUGUGACUUGAUUGUUUGGACUACCAAGGACUGCAAAGUUAUCCGGAUUAUCAAGGACUCUGGAUGGACAAAAAACAUUGCACAAUUGAUAGAAUUUUAUUUUAAUACAUUCAUUCCUGAAUUAAUCCAAAAUUAAUGUGUUGAAAUAAUAUCUGUAAUAAUCAAAAACAAUCAGAAGUGAUGAACCCUAUUGACACUUCACACUAAAGUGUUCUGAAUAAGUUAUAUUUUUAUAAAAAUUGAGUAAUCCGUCCCAGGAUUUAAAAUUAAUGAAUGAAAUUGAGAAUAUGCAAUGCAUUAUUUGAUUUGUAAUCAAUUCUAACAUUCAUAAAGUUUUAAUAGAGUAUGAUAAAU